AGUCGGAUGCAAGCGACCUAGCCAGAUAUCAACAUCGAUAUCGGAGAGGACACGGAGUCCACCGAGAGUCCACGGAGAUGCCGACGACACAAUGGUGGAGGUGAGUCUCAGGAAUGUUCCUGACACUCCUGCAGAUAAACCUCCAUCAUUGUAAGGCAGCAUGCGCUGCCCUACUGCUCCACUUAGCCAAGGUUGGAGCCGACUUAGUCCUCAUUCAAGAGCCCUGGAUCCUCAGAAACAGGGUCUCCGGUCUGAGGACUCAAGACUAUAAGCUAUACGUAGCUGACACCACAGGUGAAACCCGUACCUGCAUUCUUGCAAAAAGAGAGUUACACUUAUUUUUGCUCCCAAAUUUCAGCAACGAAGACCACACAGCGGUGAGCCUCGAAGGCCAGGAGAGCUCACUGAGGAUGUGCUUCACAUACAUGGCUCACGACCAACCUGACCCUCCUCCACACGCGCCCCUAAGGGCUCUCAUCGCAGACUGCGAGGCCAAGGACAUCGGCCUAAUUGUGGGAUGCGUUGCCACCACACACCACAGUCAGUGGGGAAGCACUGACAUCAAUGAACGGGAAAAUCUUGAUGACUUGGAUGUGUUGACGCCUGCUCAUCUGCUUUUGGGAGGCCCGCAUGAAACAAUUCUCGAGCCUGACCUAACGAAGCUCAAAUACAAUCGUCUGGAUGGUUGGCAGCGGGUCACUCAACUGCAGCAGACAUUCUGCGUCAAACCUCUGCGUCAACGAUGUCGUCUUGGUGAAGGACGAGAAUCUUCCUCCAAUGCGUUGGCCACUGGCUAGAGUGGUCGAUGUCGUCAAAGGCAAGGAUGGAGUAUGCAGAAUGGCUGAUUUGAGGACGGCUUCAGGAACCAUCAGGAGGGCCGUUACUCGGCUGUGUUUGCUGCCCCUUGAGAAGUCAGUUGAAAGGCGAGUUUCCAACGGGGGGGAUUAUGUUCGGGCCAGCGGCUAU